AUGGACACCACGCCGUCGGCGAAGACGCGACAGGUCACCCUCUCGCUCCCUCCCAAUUUCUCCGCCGCCGCCGCCCGGCGACGCCGGCGCGCGAGGAAGCGGCGCGCGACGCGACUCGUCACGCUGUUCGUCGCGAUCGUAGCCUCGCUCGCGAUCCGACGCCUGUGUCGAUCGUUCGAGGGCGACGGCGAGCUCGCCGCGUUCCUCAGCGAGAAGAUCGUGGGGCUCGCGUGCGCGCUGCUCGAGGUCGCGCUCCUCGGGCCCGCGGGGCCGUUCCUCGCGCGCUGCUGGCGCGCGCUCGCCGCGGCCAUCGCGGCGUUGAAGCUCGCGCUGCCUCGCGUCGGUAAUGCGGCUGCGGCAGCGUCCGCGUCAUCCGUCUCAGAAUCGCCGGGCGGCGCGCUCGGGGUCGUCGACUGGCGCGCGCUGUCGCGCGACCCGCGCGUCUUCGCGUCCGUCGCGCGGACGUGCGUCGUCGCCGCGCACGACGCCCUCGGUGCGCCCCUCUCGUUCGUCGUGAUCGUCCUCCUCGUGACGCUGUGGAACGGCCGGCGUCUGUCUGCGAUCCGCGCGCGGCGAUGUGCCUCCAACGUGAGCACGCGAAAGAUUAAGGCGCGUUCUAUACACUGGUCCCCAUACGACCCCGUUCGCGAGGUGGACGCCGAUCCUUAA